AUGUGGGUCUUGGGAACUCUCUCUUGUAUCCUCUUGUCGUUUCUCAAUCAGUUCUUCUGGUACAGAACAGAGCCUCUCACAAUCUCUGCUAUCUCCGCUCAAAUCGCCGUCGUACCUCUUGGUCGUCUCAUGGCUGCCAAAAUCUCCGACAGAGUUUUCCUUCAAGGGUCUUAUUGGGAAUUCACUUUGAAUCCAGGUCCGUUUAAUGUGAAGGAGCAUGUGUUGAUCACUAUUUUCGCUAACGCGGGAGCUGGAUCUGUUUACGCCAUUCACGUUGUUACCGUCGUGAAAGCGUUUUACAUGAAGAACAUAACGUUUUUCGUCUCUUUGAUCGUUAUCAUUACCACCCAAGUGUUAGGGUUUGGAUGGGCCGGAAUAUUCAGGAAAUACCUCGUUGAACCGGCGGCGAUGUGGUGGCCGGCGAAUCUUGUUCAAGUUUCACUUUUUAGAGCUUUGCACGAGAAAGAAGAACGGACGAAAGGAGGAUUGACACGUACACAGUUCUUCUUGAUAGCAUUCGUUUGCAGUUUUGCGUAUUAUGUGUUUCCGGGAUACUUGUUUCAAAUGAUGACGUCAUUGUCGUGGGUUUGCUGGUUCUUCCCAACGUCAGUCAUGGCUCAACAGAUCGGGUCGGGUCUUCACGGGUUAGGUGUUGGAGCCAUUGGACUCGACUGGUCAACCAUCUCUUCCUACUUGGGUAGUCCACUUGCUAGUCCAUGGUUUGCUACGGCUAAUGUGGGUGUGGGAUUUGUGCUGGCGAUAUAUGUCUUGAUACCAAUAUGCUAUUGGCUUGAUGUGUAUCAGGCUAAGACCUUCCCAUUAUUUUCGAGCUCUCUUUUUACAGAGCAAGGCUCAAAAUACAACAUCUCAUCUAUUAUAGACUCUAAUUUUCACCUUGACCUCCAAGCUUACGAGCGUCAAGGCCCUUUGUAUCUUAGCACCUUUUUCGCUAUUAGUUACGGUAUUGGCUUUGCCGCUCUAAGCGCUACAAUCAUGCACGUUGCUCUCUUCCAUGGAAGGGAGAUAUGGGAACAAAGCAAGGAGAGUUUCAAGGGGAAGAAAUUGGAUGUACACGCGAGGCUAAUGAAAAGGUACAAACAAGUUCCCGAGUGGUGGUUUUGGUGCAUACUCGUUACCAACAUUGGAGCUACAAUCUUUGCUUGUGAAUAUUACAAUGACCAACUUCAAUUGCCAUGGUGGGGUGUUCUGUUGGCAUGUACAAUCGCCAUUAUCUUUACCCUUCCUAUCGGUAUCAUCACCGCAAUCACCAACCAGGCACCGGGAUUGAACAUUAUUACUGAAUAUAUCAUAGGAUAUAUCUAUCCAGGAUAUCCAGUUGCAAAUAUGUGUUUUAAAGUGUAUGGAUACAUAAGCAUGCAACAAGCAAUCACUUUUCUUCAGGACUUCAAACUUGGUCAUUACAUGAAGAUUCCACCUAGAACCAUGUUCAUGGCACAGAUUGUUGGAACACUAAUCUCAUGUGUGGUUUACCUCGUAACGGCUUGGUGGCUAAUGGAGACCAUCCCCAACAUAUGUGAUUCGGUUUCUAACUCGCUUUGGACAUGUCCAGGCGAUAAGGUUUUCUACGAUGCAUCUGUGAUAUGGGGACUUAUUGGACCACGUAGAAUCUUUGGAGAUCUUGGUUUAUACAAAUCGGUUAAUUGGUUCUUCCUCGUGGGCGCUAUAGCCCCGGUUCUUGUGUGGAUAGUCUCAAGGAUGUUUCCUAGACAAGAGUGGAUCAAGCUUAUAAACAUGCCGGUUCUUAUUAGCGCAAUAAGCUCGAUGCCACCCGCAACAGCCGUGAACUACACGACGUGGCUUCUUGCCGGAUUUUUAUCCGGAUUUGUUAUGUUUAGGUAUAGACCGAAUCUAUGGCAAAGGUAUAACUAUGUUUUGUCAGGAGCAUUGGAUGCUGGAUUAGCAUUUAUGGGUGUGUUGCUUUAUAUGUGUUUGGGACUUGAGGAUGUUACUUUGGAUUGGUGGGGAAAUGAGCUUGAUGGUUGUCCUUUGGCCUCUUGUCCAACCGCACCUGGUAUUAGUGUUGAAGGAUGUCCGCUUUAUACAUAA